AUGGGAGAGACGGAGCAGAGCGACAGCGAGCUUCCUCCACCGACGCGCAACUUGAUGAUGUCGAUCCGCGUGGAGGCCUUUGCGUGCAUCGAGCUGGUCACCAUCGUCGGGGUGGCCGCAUACGUGUUCCUCACACCCCCUCCCGAACGCGCGCCGCGCAACAUCACCUGCCUGAACCUGAGCUGCUUCAACCUGGGCGAGGAGCUGUACACGUCCAUGGACCUGCGUUCGAACCCCUGCGACGACUUCUACCAGUACACGUGUGGCCGCUGGGCCGAAUACCACCCCGAGUACGAGGACCAGUUCCGGUACCUGGAGGCUCGCGUGUACCGGACGGCCAACGAAAAGCUCCGCGAGCGCUUGGAGAAGCUCCCUCCUCCGGACAAGCCGCUCUCGGGCACCGACAAGGCGGCCCUCAGCUACCUGGCGUGCGUCGAGGUGCAGACUCGACACAUCGACGUGCCCUGGAAGAUCACUGAGCUCGUCUUCAUGCGGGCCACGGGCGAGGGCGGCAGCGCAUCCCUGCUCGAGCCGACCGCGGGCAAGCUGGCCAGCCGGAGCGCGGCCCUCCGCCUCCUGGUGUCGCUGGCGCUCGACCUUGACAUCGACGUCCUCUUCAAGAUAAUGCUGGCUCCCGACCCGCGCACCGACAGCCGUCGAAUCGUGAGCGUCUCGCACAGCGAGUCGCUUCUCAGGUGGAAGAGACACCGCGAGCAGCUCAUGACGCCCGUUGCGACGGCCACCUGCAUCCGCGAGUUCGUCAACGUCUUGUCCACGGAGCACGCGCUGCGCGCCCAGCUGGCCGCCGCGCUGGUCAAGAUGGACGUCGAGGUCACCGCCAAGAUGGCGGCCGGGGCGGCCACGUCUCUCGGCGCGGGCGUCUUCGUCACGUUCGCGCAGCUUCCCGCCUUGGAAGCGGCUAAGGUGGCGCCCCCUGCCACUACAGCGCCCUCUACCAGCGGCGACAAAGCGACCGGAGGCGGCGGCGCCGACAAGAACGGUGGUGACGCGGCCAAUCCCUGGUUGGCUGCCUUCAACGCUGCUCUCGGCGACAAGGGCAACGUGACGGACGACGAACCGUUGUUCGCGGCCGAUCCGAGGCUCUUCGCGUUGGUGCGCGAGGUGCUCGACCAGCACCCGACGAGCCACGUGCGCUACUACACCGCGUUCCACGUGGUGCGCCAGCUGGCGCCGUUCACCUCGUACCGGCUGGUGGAAGCCCUGUUCUCGCCCGAGAACAAGACGGCCGCCAUGCUGUACUACGCGGACGCGUGCGCAGCGGCGGCGAGCCGGCUCACUUCCUUCGCCCUGGCCAGUUACGUGUUUCAGGACCUGGUGCCGAAAGAGCGAGUACAGGCGGCGUACGACCACCUGGACGCGCUGAAGAACCGGACGGCCGCCGUGGCCAGUUCGUGGCUCGCGCAGCCAGACCAGCGCUGGGCUCUUCAGAGACUCGGCUCCCUCAAGAGCAUGGUCGCCUGGCCCUCGCGCUUCAACGACUCGCACGGUGCCGCCGUGGACCAGUUCCUGGCGCACCUGCCCGACUUCCGGGGCUACUACGUCCAGAUCUACGUGGACGCCGUCUCGGCCAUUAGGAACCGCGAGAAGGCUCAGCUCCUGGACCGGACCGCGGGCUCCAAGGAGAAGAUCGCCCGCGAAGAGGACGGUCCUUUCCCGGGGAUGCGUCCCAUGGUCCGCUACAGCGCCUGGUACGGCAGCGUCCUAGUCUCCCCCAGCGCCGUGCUCCAGCCGCUGUUCUUCAAUGGCAGCGACCCGCUGAGCAUGGGCGCCUUCGGGCACCUGGCGGCUCACGAACUAUGGCACGCCGCGUUGGGAGAGAUGCCCCUGGGGGUCGCGCCCCAGUCCGACCUGACCCUCGGCGACGAGCAACUCAAGAGGCACCAGUGCGUCGCCGACAUCUACACCAAGGCCGGGGCCGCGAAACGGGACGCCGCCAAGGGUUCCUCCGAGAACGUGGCCGACGUCGUCGGCCUCGAGGUCGCCUACGCCCUCUACCGCGAGGGCAACGGGUCCUCGUCUGGCUCGGCGAGCGGCGGCGAUGACGGCGCCAACGUGACCGACGUGACGGGCUUCACGGCACAGCGCCUCUUCUUCAUCGCGUCCUGCCUCAAGUGGUGUGCGGCGACGCCCGAUGCACUCUCGAAGACGUCGCUGGGCUACGCGACGCCUAGGCUCAGGUGCAACGUGCCGGUCGCCAUGUUGGACGGAGCGGCCGGGUUCGCCGAGACGUUCGGCUGCCAGGCCGAAAGCAAGAUGGUCAAGAUGGCGGCCGGUCCCAACUGCACGGCCGUCGAGGAAGUGCCACUGCAGCCGCCCCGGGCCUACAACUUUACCGGAUAGCGCCUCGAGAACGGGAGCUGGGGGCGUCGGGCUCAGUGACGGGCGCCUUGCCCGUUCCUAGAACUGUAUGUUUGGCUGGCGACGUCAGUGAACAAUUGCUUGCGCCAACCACUCUAACGGUGCCGUGAUAUACGAAGGCGACGUUUGCUGCGGUGGCGUGCUGUCAUCACGGACGUGUCCCACUGGGAUUUGCGAUUCGUUAUCGCAGAGUAGCAUGUAUACCUGAAAAGUUCUCCAUCGGCCGACACUGCAAGAAACUUGGUGCGACCUGGCGACGUGCGAGGUCGCGCCUAAAAGUGCGGCGCUAUGUAAGCGCAGGUUGUAGGACUGACGCGGGCGCCACCGCACGCCCUUUUCGCGAAUAUUUGGGAAUGGUUACGUUUGCUAGCGAGAAGAUUAAAGUUGGUUUUGUUUUGGA